UCAAAAGCGAACGCGGACGUGUGUCGGUCGGUGCUGCCGUCGCUCGCAACGCCUACGCUUUCGUUCUCUGUGUGCGUUUUGUGAUUGCAAAAAGCAGCAGCAACAGCAACAGCAAAAGGCAAGAAAAUUAAACAAAAAAUUUUCUUCUCGCGUGUGUGGAUGUUUGCUAAGCAGCGCGUCAAAAACAGUUUUCAUAAAAAGCGUCCAAUCAGGGAACAAUUUUCUGUUUUCUUUUCGUUGCUGUUGUUGUUUUUCAUUUACAGUUUUGUUUUUAAUCGGGCACAGCUGCUGGCAACACAUACAUAAGUCAUAGACGCCAGCAACGCCUCCGCCAUGCGCAGCACAAGCAGCAGCGGCAAUAACAACAGCCAAACCAGCAGCAGCAGCAGCAGCAACAACAACAACAACAAAAACUUUAACAACAACCGAUGAUUGCCUGAGGCAUAAGAAUACUAUCAGAAAGAGAGAGAGAGAGAGAGAGAGAGAGAGAGAGAGACAGCCAGUUGGAGCGAGUGGGCGAGAGACCGAGCACACUUGAAGGCAACACAUCAAAACCCGCCGUAUUACAACCAAAGACGCUGACCAAAAUUAUAUAAAAAUAACCAAAAAUGUUGAUCAAAGAGUACCGCAUACCACUGCCCCUCACCGUCGAGGAGUACCGGAUCGCCCAGCUGUAUAUGAUAGCGAAAAAGAGCCGCGAGGAAAGCCAUGGUGAAGGCAGCGGCGUCGAGAUCAUGAUCAAUGAGCCCUAUAAAGAUGGACCCGGCGGCGAUGGGCAGUACACGAAAAAGAUCUAUCACGUGGGCAGCCAUUUGCCAGGCUGGAUAAAAAGUCUGUUGCCAAAGAGUGCACUGACCGUCGAGGAGGAGGCAUGGAAUGCCUAUCCAUAUACGCGAACACGCUACACCUGUCCCUUUGUGGAGAAAUUCUCGCUGGACAUUGAGACCUAUUACCAUCCGGACAAUGGCUUUCAGGAUAAUGUGUUUCAGCUAUCCGGCAGCGAUCUGCGCAAUCGCGUUGUGGAUGUAAUUGAUAUUGUCAAGGAUCAGUUGUGGGGCGGCGAUUAUGUAAAGGAGGAGGAUCCCAAGCAUUUUGUAUCGGAUAAGACGGGACGCGGUCCGUUGGCCGACGAUUGGCUGGAGGAGUAUUGGCGCGAGGUGAAGGGCAAAAAGCAGCCAACGGCACGCAACAUGUCCCUGAUGACCGCCUACAAGAUCUGUCGCGUCGAAUUCCGCUAUUGGGGCAUGCAAACCAAGCUGGAGAAAUUCAUACAUGAUGUGGCGCUGCGCAAGACAAUGCUCCGAGCCCAUCGCCAGGCCUGGGCGUGGCAAGAUGAGUGGCAUGGCCUAACCAUUGAGGAUAUACGCGAGCUGGAGCGCCAAACCCAGCUGGCCCUGGCCAAGAAAAUGGGCGGUGGCGAGGAGUGCAGUGAUGACAGCACCUCGGAGCCAUAUGUGAGCAGCGCAACAACGGCCCCAUCUUUGGGCACCAGUGAGCGCAAGAAGUCUGCGCCGGCAUUGCCGCCCAUUGUCACACAACAACCACCGAGCGCCGAGGCCAGCUCCGACGAGGAGGAGGAUGACGAUGAUGAUGAGGACGAGAAUGACGGGGUCGGCACUAAUGUGGAGCUGGGCGCUGCUCAAAGCAGCAGCAAUCAACGCUCGCGUUCCCAGAGCAUUCAGUUGGCCAACAAGGCCAAGUUUGGCUCAAAAGGUGCCCUACAUUCGCCAGUGGGAUCUGCACACAGUUUUGAUUUGCAGAUUCCGUUCCAUGAGCUGCCCAAAAAAUCGCAUGCAAAGCCAGCACCACGCAGACAUGUGGCCAACUGGCGAAUGGAGCGUCUUGAGGUGGACUCCAAAUCGAACUCAGACGAGGAGUUCUUUGAUUGUUUGGACACAAACGAAACGAACUCGUUGGCGAAAUGGAGCUCACUCGAGCUGCUGGGUGAGGGCGAUGAUAGUCCACCGCCGCAUGGCGGCUGUUCCAGCGGCAGUGCUGGGGGCGUUGGCGGCAUCGCUGGACGCCAUAAACAAGAUGACAGCAUAUUUAAUCAGGACUUUUUAAUGCGCGUCGCUUCGGAGCGCGGCAACAAGCGUCAGUUACGCUCCUCGGCCAGCAUCGAUCGUAGUCACGAUUCAUCACCGCCGGGCUCACCGAGCACCCCAUCUUGCCCCACCACCAUAUUGAUGCUGGUGGUGCACGCUGGCAGUGUGUUGGAUGCAGCCAGCGAGCUAACCGCCAAAAAGUCGGAUGUAACAACAUUUCGAGGUUCAUUUGAGGCCGUUAUGCGUCAGCAUUAUCCCAGUCUCCUGACGCAUAUGACCAUUAAGAUGGUACCGUGCCCCUCGAUUUGUACCGACGCACUUGGCAUACUGUCCAGCCUCAGCCCGUAUUCGUUUGAUGCGUCACCCUCGGCAACGGAUAUACCAAAUAUAGCGGAUGUGCCAAUUGGAGCCAUACCGCUAUUGGCCGUGGCCUCUCCAGAAUUCCAGGAGACAGUCAACAAGACCGUGGCCGCUGCCAACAUUGUCUAUCAUGAGUUCCUCAAGUCGGAAGAGGGUCAUGGCUUUUCCGGCCAAAUAGUUAUGUUGGGCGACUCAAUGGGCUCCCUGCUGGCCUACGAAGCAUUGUGUCGUUCCAAUGGCAGCCAGUCAAAUGCCGCCAAUCAGACAGCGGGUCACGGCUCGAUUAGCGCUGGCGGCGGCGAUUGCAGCCGCAUGUCCCGCAUGGAUGAUGAUGAGCGUUUCAUUGACUCCGAUUUGGAUGCGAAACGCUUGCUGGUAGCACCAUCGCCGCGACGUCGUCGCUCCAGUUCCUCAAGCGAUUCACGUGCCACCAAAUUGGACUUUGAGGUCAGCGAUUUCUUUAUGUUCGGCUCACCGUUGUCUGUUGUGCUUGCCGCACGAAAACUGCAUGAUGCCAAAGCGGCGCUGGCUCGUCCCAAUUGCCAUCAGGUAUAUAAUCUGUUCCAUCCAACCGAUCCAAUUGCCUCACGCCUCGAGCCGCUACUAAGUGCACGCUUCUCCAUACUGUCGCCGGUCAAUGUGCCACGCUAUGCCAAAUAUCCGUUGGGCAACGGACAGCCGCUGCAUUUAUUGGAGGUAAUACAAUCGCAUCCGCAGCAUUUUAAUGAUGGCAACAAUUUGCUGUCCAGCAGACGCCUUUCGGAUGCAUCGAUGCAGAGCACCAUUUCGGGUCUCAUUGAGAAUGUUUCGCUUAGUACUAUACACUCCCUUCAGAACAAAUGGUGGGGCACAAAGCGCUUAGAUUAUGCGCUUUAUUGUCCAGAGGGCUUAAGCAAUUUUCCGGCACACGCACUGCCGCAUUUAUUCCAUGCCAGCUAUUGGGAGAGUCCCGAUGUGAUUGCUUUUAUAUUGCGCCAAAUUGGCAAAUUCGAGGGCAUACCGUUUGUGGGCUCGCACGAUGACAAGGACAACACCACAUCAUUUCAUCCGGGGCAGCCGCGCGAGAAGUGGAUCAAGAAGCGUACAUCCGUCAAGCUAAAGAAUGUGGCGGCCAAUCAUCGGGCCAACGAUGUCAUUGUGCAGGAGGGGCGCGAACAGCGUUUAAAUGCGCGCUUCAUGUAUGGACCGCUCGAUAUGAUAACGUUGCAUGGGGAGAAGGUGGACGUGCACAUUAUGAAGGAUCCACCGGCUGGCGAAUGGACAUUCCUAACUACCGAAGUGACCGACAAAAAUGGACGCAUCUCGUACAGCAUUCCCGACCAACUGUCUCUCGGCUAUGGCAUUUAUCCGGUCAAGAUGGUGGUGCGCGGCGAUCACACAUCUGUCGAUUGCUAUAUGGCGGUGGUUCCCCCGCUGACCGAGUGCGUUGUAUUCAGUAUUGAUGGCUCCUUUACGGCAUCCAUGUCGGUGACUGGGCGUGAUCCAAAGGUGCGCGCCGGUGCAGUCGAUGUCUGUCGCCAUUGGCAAGAGUUGGGCUAUUUGCUUAUCUAUAUCACCGGACGGCCGGAUAUGCAACAGCAGCGUGUUGUCUCCUGGCUCAGCCAGCACAAUUUUCCACAUGGCCUAAUUUCGUUCGCCGAUGGACUCUCCACCGAUCCGCUGGGCCACAAGACCGCCUAUCUCAAUAAUCUCGUGCAAAAUCAUGGAAUCUCAAUUACCGCCGCUUACGGCAGCAGCAAGGAUAUUAGCGUCUACACCAAUGUGGGCAUGCGACCCGAGCAGAUCUUUAUUGUUGGCAAGGUGGGCAAGAAACUGCAAUCGAAUGCAACUGUGCUCAGCGAGGGAUAUGCCGCCCAUUUGGCUGGUCUACAGGUGGUCGGUGGCUCCCGCCCGGCCAAGGGUAAUGCCCGUAUGGUUAUACCACGUGGCUGCUUCAAUCUGCCUGGACAAUCGGCAAAUCCGCGACGCAGAAGCAACGAGACGGGCCUUUCAUCACCGAUUCGCAGUGGCUAUCUAAAGCGCAAGACCUAUCUGAGCCAUCACUAGGUCCCAGCAGGAGGGAGCUAAGCCAAAAGAGACAGAGACAGAGAGAGAGAAAGGAGUAUCGUAUUUUAGUUUAUAUAGCAUAUGCUGAACGAUCGAUAAGAAACGCAACCAGCAACUCUCGCAAUUACCAGCCACAUGCAAUUUGCAAUCAACUAUAUAUAUAGAUAUAUAUCUAUUACGAUAUCAAUGUGUAAACCUACCUAACAAGUGCUUCUCGAACGUGUUUAGAUGACCUGCAGUAAAUACCCAAUUACCAUCAUAAUUAUAUAAUAUUGGAUCAGCAACAACAACAACAACAACAAAACAUCUCAGCAUCGAUGCCACCAUAAACCACAUCUGUGUAUAAAACAUAAAACACUUAUAUUAUGCGCAAUAUAUAGCAAAUUAUAUGGUGUAUAUACAAAAUACAAUAAUCAAAAAAAAAAAAAAAAAAAAAAAA